CCUUCUCUGAACUCUAGUCUAGCUACUCUCUCUCCUACUACUUCUCGCAAGGGAACAAGCAAGCAAGAUUCAUGAACACAAGCAAACACAGAUUAGAACGUGAUCCCAAGAUGUGAAUUCUUGGUGCUUGUUUAUCAUUAGCUAGCUCCCAACGGCUGAUCGAUCACGAACCACUUUGUCUUGUCUCAAGACAUGGGGAGCAGAGUGGCGAUACUACUGCUGCUGCUGUCUGUCAUCGCGUUGUCGCGGUCCAAGAACGGCGCCGCGCAGCAGCGGCGCUGUGGCGCCGGCGACCUCAGCGCACUGCGCGGCUUCUCUGCCGCCCUUGGUGCCGCGGUCGAAGGCUGGCCGAUGGCCAACGCGCCCGAAGAGGACAACUGCUGCGAUUGGCCCGGCGUGGUGUGCGGUGCGGCGGGGGGAGGCACGGUCGUCGUCGGGCUGGUGCUGCCCAACCGGACGCUAAGGGGGGAGGUGGCCGCGUCGCUCGCCGGCCUCGCCGCGCUCCGCGUGCUGAACCUCUCGAGCAACGCGCUCCGUGGUGCGCUACCCGCGGGGCUCCUCCGCCUCCGGAGCCUCGAGGUUCUCGACGUCAGCGCCAACGCGCUCACCGGCGCGGUGGGCGCCGGUGUGAUCGAGCUCCCGGCGAUACGCGUCUUCAAUGUCUCGUACAACGCGUUCAACGGUAGCCACCCGGUGCUUCCUGGCACCGGCAACCUGUCGGCGUACGACGUGUCGGGUAACAACUUCGAGGGGCCCGUCGACGCUGCUGCCGUGUGCGGCGAGUCUCCGGGGGUGCACGUCCUGCGGCUCUCGAUGAACAGGCUCUCCGGCGCGUUCCCCGUGGGGUUCGGGCAAUGCCGGUCGCUUGCCGAGCUCUCGCUUGAUGGCAACGGCAUCGACGGCACUCUCCCCGACGACCUCUUCGGCAUCACGUCGUUACAGUUCCUCAGCCUCCACACCAACUCGCUCUCCGGCGACUUGUCGCCUCGCUUGCGCAACCUCAGCAGCCUCGUCCGCCUCGACCUCUCCUUCAACGCCUUCUCCGGGCCGCUCCCCGACGUGUUCGACGCGCUCACCGGUCUCCAGGAGCUCUCGGCACCUAGCAACACGCUGUCCGGCAAGCUCCCCGCGACGCUCUCGCGGUGCCACCGUCUCCGCGUUCUCAACCUCCGGAACAACUCGUUCGUCGGCGACAUCGCCCUAGACUUCCGCGCGCUCAAGAACCUGGUGUACCUCGACCUCGGCGUCAACAACUUCACCGGCCCCAUCCCGGCGAGCCUUCCAGAGUGCAGGGGCAUGACCGCGCUCAACCUCGGCCGGAACAAGCUCACAGGCGAGAUACCGACUUCCUUCGCGACCUUCUCCUCGCUGUCCUUCCUCUCGCUCACCGGCAACAGCUUCUCCAACGUCUCGUCGGCGCUGCGGACGCUGCAGAGUCUCCCCAACCUGACGAGCCUGGUGCUCACCAAGAACUUCCACGGCGACGAAGCUAUGCCAUCGGACGACGCCGGCAUCGCCGGUUUCCCCAGCAUUGAGGUGCUUGUCAUCGCCAAUUGUGAGCUGCACGGCGCGAUACCGUCGUGGAUCGCCGGCCUUCGGAAGCUGAAAGUGCUCGACCUGUCGUGGAACCGGCUCGCCGGCCCCAUCCCGCCGUGGCUAGGCGAGUUUCACCGCCUCUUCUACCUCGACAUAUCAAACAAUUCCCUCCAGGGGGAGAUACCGAGCAGCCUGACGCGGAUGCCGGGGCUCGUUACCGGCGGCAUUCAUGGCGGCGACGACGAGGCGCAGGUGCUGGACUUCCCGUUCUUCAUGCGCCGGAACACGUCGGUGAAGGGGCGGCAGUACAACCAGGUGAACAGCUUCCCGCCGUCGCUGGUGCUCGGCCACAACGGCCUCACCGGUGGCGUGCCGGCUGCGCUGGGGGCGUUGACCAGGGUGCACGUCGUUGACCUGAGCUGGAACAAGCUGUCUGGGUUCAUCCCGUCGGAUCUGUCGGGGAUGACGAGCCUCGAGUCGCUCGACAUGUCACACAACGCGCUGUCCGGCGCCAUCCCGGCGUCGCUGACGCGACUCAGCUUCCUCUCGCACUUCGACGUCUCGUACAACAACCUCUCCGGCGAGGUCCCCGUCGGCGGGCAGUUCUCGACGUUCUCGCGCGGGGACUUCGAGGGGAACCCCUUUCUGUGCGGCAUCCACGUCGCACCGUGCGCGCAGAGGGACCCGCCGAAGACCGUGGAUAGCGGCGGCGGCGGGCGCAAGGAGCGGAGCGGUAACGCCGGCGUCGUGGCAGCAAUAGGCGUCGGCACGGCGCUGCUCCUCACCGUGGCCGCGGCUGUGACGUGGCGGGUGUUGUCGAAGCGGCAGGAGGACAAUGCCAGGGUGGCGGCCGACGACGACAGCGGCAACCUCGAGUCCGUGGCGAAGUCGACGCUGGUGCUGCUAUUCCCAACCGACGACAGUGACGGUGAGCGGAUGGUCACGUUGGAGGACGUGAUGAAGGCGACGGGCAACUUCGACGAGUCUCGCAUCGUUGGUUGCGGCGGCUUCGGGAUGGUGUACCGCGCGACGCUGCCCGACGGGCGCGACUUGGCGGUGAAGCGGCUCUCCGGUGAUUUCUGGCAGAUGGAGCGCGAGUUCCGUGCCGAGGUAGAGACUCUGUCGCGCGUCCGGCAUCGGAACCUGGUGCCGCUGCAGGGCUACUGCCGCGCCGGCAAGGACCGCCUUCUCAUCUACCCGUACAUGGAGAACGGCAGCCUGGACCACUGGCUCCACGAGCAGCAGGACGCCGCGCUGCCGUGGCCGGCGCGGCUCGGCAUCGCUCGCGGCGCGGCGCGCGGACUGGCACACCUGCACGCCUCGUCGGAGCCGCGCGUCCUGCACCGCGACAUCAAGUCCAGCAACAUCCUCCUCGACGCGCGCCUGGAGCCGCGGCUCGCCGACUUCGGCUUGGCCAGGCUUGUGCUUCCGACCGACACGCACGUGACGACGGACCUGGUCGGCACGCUCGGGUACAUUCCGCCGGAGUACGGCCACUCGUCGGUAGCUACCUACCGCGGCGACGUGUACAGCCUCGGUGUGGUGCUGCUGGAGCUCGUCACGGGGCGGCGGCCGGUGGACAUGGCGCGGCCCGUGGGGGGCGGCCGGGACGUGACGUCGUGGGCUCUGCGGAUGCGGCGCGAGGCGAGGGUUGAGGAGGUGGUCGACGCGAGCGUCGGCGAGAGGAGGUACCGGGAAGAGGCGGGCAGGAUGCUGGACGUGGCGUGCGCCUGCGUGAGCGAGAACCCCAAGUCGCGGCCGACGGCGCAGCAGGUGGUGGAGUGGCUCGACGCCAUCGCUGCCACAGAGCACGGCGUGAAUAGCUGUAGCUGGAGAUGAGAAGAAGAUUGCAAUUCUGAAACUAAAAGUUCUGGAGGACGUUCUAAGUCCUAACUCCUACAUUCAAUUGUGUGA